AACAGUUGACGAAUUUCUCCAGGUCGACCGAGGCAAACAGGUCGUGCAGGUAUAUUUCUCCAGGUCGACCGAGUCAAACGGGUCGUGCACUGCCUCGGGAUGACUCAGAGCGUCCCUCCGCCGAUCCGUACCCCCUUCACGGAUGUCACAGGCUACUUGUGGACGGCCCAGAGAGGACACAAGUGCGCCGACUUCGAGAUCCGCUACAUGGAGUGCAUGGAGGCCUACGGGUAUUACCAGGGUCGUGGCAAGUGCAAGGACUAUCGUGACGACCUGGGAGAGUGCAUCAUGAGGUGGAAGCAGAUGUUCCGCACCGACGCGAUAAGGGCCUGGAGAAAAAAGAAGUACCAGGAGGGGAAGCUGAAGGAGAAGUACGCCGAGCCGCCACCUCUCGACAGCUACUCCCCUGCCACGUGAAGAGUCCCGAUCCCGUGCCGUUCGGUUUAGAUGCUCGUCGAUGUCUCUUAGCUCAUGCAGGGGUAACUAUUGCUCCUGUCAUAUGGUUUUUGCUGUGAAAUACAGAAUGAGAAUUGUCAUGUACCCAGAAUCCAUCAAAUGAAGUUGAUCUGCAGUUAUGGUUCAUCCU